CUCCUGUGAAAAAUUCCUAAACUGAUUUUAGCAUCGAAGGAUUUUUUACAGGUACCCUCAUUAUUCAAUCCAAUUGGAGUUUGAAGCAGAGGUUCAAUUCUUAGCAAAAUCAUCAUCAGAUUUGUGUUUGGGGUAGAAGUAAUUUUACCAUACAAACAGUGUUAGUCCCUAGUAGUAAUACAGAAAUACAACCAAGCAACACACACGAAUCACAACUUAAUUUCAUUUGGGGAGGAAUCAAUGUGUGCUGCGUUGAAUUUGAUCACAAGGAGCUGUUUUUGUAAGCUUCACAUUUCCCAUUGAUAAGAGAUUAUCUCUAAAUUAUGUUGAUCCCUUAAUAAACAAACUUUUAUUUUUUAGUGUACUCUUCUUGGUAUUCAAUAAUGCCCACGCCACCAACUGUGCAUUAUUUAGAGAAUAUGUCUUAAUCAUGGUCCUGCACUAUGUGCCAGAACUUAAACACCUUAUAAUGCAUCAUAAUUUCAAUAUCAAAUCACCAAAAAUUUGUGCUGCUACUUCUCAUUCUAUACUCUAGAGAAAGAAAUAGACAUUAAUGGAGGUUACAGGAGCUGGUGGUGUCAAUAGCCAUGAAGAAACUUUGUUGCAAAAUAUUGAAUUACAAAGUAUGGUGAAUUACAAAGGAGAGAAAUUUGUAAUGAAUAGUGAGUUUGGUGGAUGGAAAUCAGCUUCUCGAGUACUAGUUAUCGAUUGUGUCGACGCCUUUGUAUUUUUCGGGAUUUUAUCCAACUUGAUUAGUUAUCUCACUAAUCAGUUUGGUCAAUCUACAGCUACAGCUGCUUUAAAUGUAAAUAUUUGGGUUGGUGUUGUGUUUAUGCUUCCGUUACUCAUUGGUUUCGUAGCUGAUUCUUAUCUUGGACGAUUUCGUAUCGUUUUAGUCUCUUCUUGCUUCUGCAUAUCGGGGCUUGGAUUGUUGACUUUAUCGACUCUGAAUGGUUCUGCAAAGACGACGGAUUGUGUUAAUAACACCAAGGACGAUAUCUCCUGCGCUUCACCUUCUUGUUUGCAAGUAAACUUCUUCUUCUUUUCACUGUAUUUAGUUGCAAUUGGUUCUGCUGGAUUUGCAACAUGUGCACCAGCUUUUGGUGCAGAUCAAUUUGAUGGGCGAAACCCGAAUGAGAUCAAAUCCAAGAGUUCAUUUUUCAACUGGUGGCAAAUUGGAAUAUCUGUUGGAGGCACUGGUGCUAACACAAUAUUAAACUACAUUCAAGAUAAUUUGGGUUGGAGUCUUGGAUUUGGCAUUCUGUGCAUUUCAUCUGUAGUGGCACUAAUUGUUUUCUUGUCUGGAAUCAAAACGUAUCGUUAUAGCGUCAUAGAUGAGGCAAGGGGGAACCCAUUAUUAGGAAUAACCGAGGUGUUAGUUGCAGCUGCAAAAAAUUGGAGAAUCACUUCAUCAUCAAACACUAGCAAAGAUGAGGCAUUGGAAGCUUUUGUCGGCAACUCAAAUGCCAAUGUUGAAGAAGCAAAAUCUUUACUACGGUUGAUUCCAUUGUGGAUCAUAUGUUUGAUAUAUCCGGUGGCGAUUGCUCAAAACAUGACAUUGUUUACAAAACAAAGCAGCACGAUGGACAGAACAAUUGGUCCAAAGUUUCAGAUACCUGCUGCAUCACUUCAGCUUUUCAUUGGUUUAUCUAUCAUUCUCUUUGCUGCAUUAUACGACCGUCUAUUUGUUCCUCUUGCGCGAGCUAUUACUGGCAGACCAAAUGGCAUAACUAUGCUCCAGAGAAUUGGGACUGGCAUAUUUUUUACAGCAAUAUCCAUGGUGAUUGCAGCUGUAGUGGAGAAUAAAAGACUUCAAACUGCAAUAGAUUUCGGAUUAGUCGAUACACCAAAUGCAGCGGUGCCAAUGAGUGUCUGGUGGUUGAUUCCGCAAUACGUGGUGUCUGGUCUUGCUAUUGCAUUCACCAGUAUUGGUUUACAAGAAUUUUUCUACGAUCAGGUACCAAAUGGAUUAAAAAGCAUGGGUCUCGCCUUGAACACUAGUGUGUUCGGUGUAGGGAAUUUCACCAGUGGCUUUCUUAUAUCCACUGUUCAGAAGGUAACUAGCGCGGAUGGGCAAUAUGGUUGGUUCGCGAAUAAUCUCAACCGCGCGCAUCUGGACUACUUCUAUUGGCUUCUUGCAGGACUUAGCACAUUAGAGCUAUUUGCUUUCUUGUGUUAUUCAAAAACAUAUUUGUAUAGAAGAGAAGCUUCAAUAUAAGAU